ACUUUUGCUGUUUCCAGACCCCCUGAACAGGAAGAAGCUCUAGCGAAUAAAAGCCUAAAGUAUUGUUGAAACUAGUUUUAAAAAUUUAUAAAUGUAUUUUCAAAUUUUUAAAGAUGUUUCUGACAAUUUCUCUAAAUUUUCAGAGCGUGAGUCACUUUCUGUAUUAUUUUAUUUGCUGAUCAACUGUUCAAUAAAAUCCUAACCUCAAAAAAUUGAAUAAAUAAAUAACACUAGUUUUCUGAUUUGAAUGUUAUUGUUAUCUAAAAGUUUUAAAUUAAACAACAUUUUAUGCAGUUUUACUUUGCAUUUGAAUUAAAUUCCAGAAAAUAGUGAUUAUUUUUUAAGGUUUAAUAUCUUUCUGAUAAUGACAACUAUCCAUCGAGAAGCAAUUCAAAAGCAGAUCCAACAAGAUUGGGCAAAUAGAGAAUACAUUGAAGUGAUUACUGGAAGUAUUAAAAAGAUCACUGACUUCCUCAAUUCAUUCGAUAUGUCAUGUCGCUCUCGCCUUGCUGUUCUCAACGAAAAACUAACAACACUGGAGAGAAGAAUUGAGUAUUUGGAAGCAAGGGUUACCAAAGGUGAAACAUUAACAUAACUUUUAACUGCAAUAUAUUUUCCCCAAGAUCAUAUUUUUAAAAUGUAAAACUUCAUGUGCAAAAGCUCAAAAAGUUUUGUAAUUUUUUGUAUCUUCUUUAUGAUCUCUACUGGUAAUCUUUGUCGUACGUGUAAUCAAUAUUAAUACGAUAUUUCACUUGUAAUUAAAAGUAUCCAGGUGUCUGUAAAGUAAUGUGCAAAAUGUAUUAUCUAUCACCAAUAAAGAUUAUGUUUUAACCAAAU